AUGCUGCCAAUAAACUUUAUGGAGAUCUGCUCGACGAAGCCAAAUGACUUUGUUUUUGACAAGACAAUAUGCACUAAGGAGAGUAGAACACCAAGGAUUCUUCAGGAAUAUUCAAAGGAAGAAAAGGCGUGCGUCCUUCGAAGGCGGAUACUGGCACUUGCAAGCCGGAAGGGAGGAUGGCCCCAGAAGAAGGCAUUGAAAAGAGAGUCUGAAUCAAUGUGGGAUGUAGAUCUAACAAGGUCGGACCAAGGGCAUUUCGACCAAAGAGGAAACUUUGUUCUCGGAGCUGCUCCGAGCCUUUCCUUUAUGUGGCUGGUGAGAAGGGGAGAAGACAUCCAAGGACCAUUCACUGACCGGGAAAUGAGAGAGAAGAUAAACACCCAAGAACUAAAAAAUACACAGGUCAGAAGAGAUAUAGACAAGGGAUUUGUAUCCUACGAUAGCCUUGCAGCAGAUCUUGGAGAUUUCCUUUCUUCAGAGAAGCUAGACGAGUACUUUGAAAGCCAUGCUGCCGUUAAGAAGCCUCUUGAAAAGCCUCAGGAGUUCUUUGAGGAUCUUUCUUCUUUGUCUCUAAAGAAGCAUCCAAAGAAGGAUCUUGACCGCUCAAAGAUCCUUGAAGCCUGUGUCAAAUCAAAGAACUUCUUACAUUCCAGAAACCCGUCGGUGACCCUUGGCUCCAUGGAAAGGAGGAUUUCGGGGAAGUCUUUUUCUGAAGCCGUUAAGAUCAUCUCCCAUGCCUCGGGGCUCAGCAAGACCGAAUGCGAGGAGUUUCUUAACCUAUUUCUUGAUGAGUCGAAGCUGUCGAUCCUCUCGGAUAUUUGCCCAGAUGGCUUUGUAAAGGUCACACCUGUAACAAGAAAAGGGUCCAGAAGGAAAUAG